GGACAUGCUUCGUAUUCAAUAAUAAGGGGUUGAAUGGAUUUGGUGUUCAAGUUGAAAAGAAAUGCAUCCUCUUCUUCUACACCCAGGAUAAGGUCAAAAGGAGCCUUAUUUUUCUUCCUCCUCUUCUUACUCUCAUCAUCAUUAAUCGGAACAAAGGCAUCCAAGAAAAGCUUCCUCACCCAAUGGAUCUAAGAGGCGGUCGUUCCCAUCGUGCUGUCCGGUCGGUGUUGGGGGGCCCUCAGGGAUGGGGUGUCAUCCUUUUUUUUUCUAAGAGGCGGUCGUUCCAGAGUGAAUCCAGACUAGUAUGGUACAUCAAAACCCAUUCUUGACCAGCUAUGAUAGACGGCUGUCGAUUGCCACUACCGCGGGUCCCGCGGCUGUCUUCGGUGUCCUUCGGGAGCAUAAAAACUCUCAUGUAAUGGAUGCCAUUGAAGCCGUCUUCAAUUGAAGUCCUUGAAAUAGUUAAAGAGGUGAUAGGAUUAUACUACCUCCAAGAAGAUUCUCAUAGCAAAACGGCACGGUUAUUUAGGUGAUAAUUAAAUAAAGUAAUUCGGGUAUAUUUUGAGAAAUAAUUUUAAUAUGUAUAUACGGAGUAUUAUAAUG